AUGACCACCAUCCUCGACCCUCCGCGACCUGCUCUCCCGAAAAAUGAUGUUCUCUCGCCCUCCCAGUGGGAGACUCUUCUCAGCCUUGCCGACACUAUAAUCCCUUCAGUUAGGCCAAAAGGUGCAGGUAAUGCGCGCCAAAACUUCAUUCUCGACGACGUCGAUGCUGCAAAAACAGCAGAGGAUAUACAAUCGACUAUUGUGGAGACUGGUGUGUCUGCCGACUUGGCUGUUCAGUAUCUAGAAGAAAGCGCGACGUCAGUAUCGGGAUUCAAAGAAAGCCUCGCCCUUCUGCUUGGAAAAUAUACUCCAUCUGAUCAAGUUCGUGGCAUACGGUUUAUACUCAGCGCCCUCGACAUUCCUCCUUUUGCUCUUGUUCUCACGAGGUCUCCCACACCUUUUAGAUUGCAGCCUCUAGAAACACGUCUCACAAUCUACCGCGGUUGGGGAACGUCGUACCUUCCAGCUCUACGUAAUCUUCACAAAUCACUUUCUGCCCUAUUCACUAAAACAUGGGUUACACUGAGUCCGUCAUUUUCCAAAGUCAUAGGCUUCCCGCGUGUACCAGUGCGCUACGCGCCACCAGCUGGAGACGGAUUCCCUUUUGAAUUCAUCCAAAUCCCCCCGGGGGACCAAGGGACCAAGUCAAUAGAGCCUCAUACUCUUGAGACCGAUGUGGUUGUCAUAGGAAGCGGUUGCGGCGGGGGAGUUACCGCUAAAAAUCUCGCUGAAGCGGGACACAAUGUCAUUGUGGUUGAACAAGGCUACCAUUUCUCGCCAAGGCAUUUCCCCAUGGCUAUGGAUGAUGGCGGGCACCAUCUCUUUGCCAACGGUGGUGCAGUCUCGACAGACGAUGGUUCUUGUGCGGUUGCCACAGGUCAAACCUGGGGUGGUGGCGGUACCGUGAACUGGAGUGCGUCGUUACAGCUGCCGGCUUACGUGCGAAAAGACUGGGCUGCUCGUGGUCUCUCACUUUUUGAGUCUGGAAACUUCCAGGCUUCAUUGGACCGUGUCUGUGACUUUAUGGGCGUAUCAAUGGAGUUUAUCGACCAUAACCAUGCCAAUCGGGUCACUCUUGAAGGGGCUAGGAAACUCGGGUACGCAGCGAAACCUGUCCCGCAAAACACCGGACAUAAGAAGCAUUAUUGUGGUUAUUGCUCGAUGGGCUGCGAAACAUCAGAGAAACAGGGCCCAGCUGUUUCAUGGCUACCGGCAGCGGCACGCGCUGGUGCAACGUUCCUUGAGGGGUUCUGGGUCAAGUCACUUCUGUUUGAGGCCGGUGGAUCAAAUACCCGUGUAACGGGAGUCAAAGGCGUUUGGACAUCACGAGAUGAGCACCUGGGAACUGGCGGACAACCUAUAACCAGACGCAAGGUUGUGAUCAAAGCUAAGAAGGUGGUGGUAUCCUGUGGCACGUUGCAAUCUCCGUUGCUAUUGAUGCGAAGUGGGUUGAAGAAUCCGCAUAUUGGAAGACACUUGUAUCUCCAUCCAGUCACCAUCGUAGCCGCCGUCUUUGAUCACGUCACCCGUCCGUGGGAAGGGAGCAUCUUAACUUCAGUGGUCACCGAAUUCGAAAACUUGGAUGGAGAAGGGCAUGGGGUCAAGGUUGAAAACUGUGCCUUUCUUCCGCACUUCAUUCUCCCUCUCCUUCCUUGGGAUGGGCCGGUGGAAUUCAAGCGUCUCGCUACAAAGGUGCAAAACAUGGCUGGUUUCAUAUCCGUUCCCCGAGAUCGCGAUACAGGUCGUGCUUACCCAGAUUCCACUGAUGGAAGGUUACGAAUCAACUAUACACCAUCGAAAUUCGAUAGAAAACACAUUUUUGAAGGUGUUAUUGCCUCUGCGAAGAUAUCCUACAUUUGUGGGGCCAAGGAGAUUCAUUGUACUUCGCCUGAAGUUCCGCCAUUCAUUCGAGAAGAAGCUUCUCAAGAAGCUUCAACAGAUGGGCUAUCUUCGACAGAUGACCAAGGUAUCAACGAUCCCGCUUUCCAAGCCUGGCUGAAACAAAUUCGCGAUACCGCAGCCCGGUCUCGCGCCGGCCCAUUAGAUCCAGCUCGGACGACUUUCCCAGUUGCGCAUCAGAUGGGGUCGUGUCGAAUGGGCGUCUCUCCCCGCAAGAGUGUGGUCGACCCAGAGGGCCAAGUAUGGGGCGUGGAAGGGUUGUAUGUCGCUGACGCGUCUGUAUUUCCAACGGCUAGUGGCGUAAACCCUAUGAUUACGAACAUGGCGACCGCAGACUGGAUUAGUAGAGGCAUUUCACGACAUAUCAAAAGGGACCAGGGAUCAAAACUAUGA